AUGUGGGCAAACUCAGUUGAAGAGGCAUUCUUUCAGGCAUGUAAGUGGUUAGACCUGUGUGCACGUAACGGUAUCACCUUGAAUCCCAAGAAAUUUCAGUUCGCCCAAGAUGCAGUCGAAUUUGCUGGUCUUGCAAUCACACCUACGAACAUACAACCAAGUGACAAAUUUAUAGAUGCCAUAAGGAAAUUCCCAACACCUACAGAUAUCAGUGGUGCCCGAGCCUGGUUUGGGCUCAUUAAUCAAGGCGCUUAUGCAUUCUCAAUGGCACGUCAGAUGAAGCCAUUCAGGAAGCUCCUAAAGCCGUCCACAAAAUUUGAAUGGACAGAUGAGUUGGACAACCUGUUCCACCAAUCCAAAGAAGUCAUUAUAGAAGAGAUGAAAGAAGGAGUGCGUUUGUUUGAUCCAAACCGCCAAACAUGUCUGUCCACUGAUUGGUCUGUUGAUGGAGUUGGAUUCUUCCUGAUGCAAAAGUAUUGCCAAUGCACCUCCAAAACUCCAGCAUGUUGUCACAAUGGCUGGAAGUUAUGCUUGGUAGGAAGCAGGUUUACCCACCCAGCAGAAAGCAGAUAUGCACCCAUAGAGGGUGAAGCCCUGGCCGUGGCCUAUGCAUUGCAUCAGACUCGCUACUAUGUAUUGGGCUGUAAAGAUUUGAUUGUUGCCACAGACCACAAACCACUGGUUCAGGUGCUAAAUGAUAGGUCACUCACCGAAAUUCACAACAGGCGACUACUCAAUCUCAAAGAAAAGACACUAGCAUACAGAUUCACCAUAGUGCAUGUCCCAGGGAAGAAGAAUCCCGGCCCAGAUGCAGCAUCCAGACACCCUGCUGGUCGGCCAAGUAGAAUGCAUCUACCAAAUGAACCAUCUGACAGUGACACCAUAUCCUACAUGACUGUGCCUCCACAGGUCACAUUGGCUAGUCUAUACCAAGACACAGCAGACACAGACUUUGCUGAUGAUGCUUGCACCAUUGCUGCUGCGUCUGCCUCACUGGAUGCUGCUAACAUUAUUGUCACCUGGGAUAUGGUCCGAGAUGCCACCUCUUCAGAUACAACAUUACUUACACUAAUGCAAUACCUUGAGAAAGGCUUUCCAGAAGAUUGCAGAGAACUCCCCAUAGAGAUACGUCCAUACCACCGUCACACAGCAAGCCUGUGUGUUGUUAAUGGAGUGAUACUCAUGGGUCAACGAAUUGUUAUCCCAAGGGCCUUACGCACACCAAUCCUCAAUGCCCUCCAUGCAGCUCACCAGGGUAUAAGUGCUAUGCAGUCCCGAGCAGCAGACUCUGUUUUUUGGCCCAAUAUCUCAGUUGACAUUGCUAGAGUUAGGGACCAAUGUGCACAUUGUCAUCGCAUGGCUAAAUCAAACCCGAUGCAGCCACCAUCUGAUAUUAAACAACCAGACUACCCUUUCCAAAUGAUCUGCUGUGAGUACUUCACAUACAACAGUAAAGAUUAUGUUGUCAUUGUCGACCGAUAUUCCAAUUGGCAAAUGGCUUUUAAAGCAGAAGGAGGCGCAGAGGGUCUAAUCAGAGGAUUGCGUGAAACUUUCGUCACAUUUGGAAUACCAGAGGAGUAA